UAUUUUGCUGCUUCAGGUCUCCGAGGUUGAUCCAUUUCUCCUUUGUGGAGACGAGGUGAAUCACGCCACUGCGCUGGUUACAGAACAGACUACGGUUAAACAUUCAGUAUUGGUUUGGUUACUAUUAUUGUUUGUGUGCACUGCGAUGGCGUCUUCGUAUUCCCUGAAGCCUCUGCACUCCAUACCCGAUCUCAUCCCUGCUUGCAUCAAGACCUUAAAGAAUGAAUGGCCGCAAUGCAAGGCGGAACUUCUACCGAAGCUGGUCAAGCAAGAACUCACCACUGCGCCAUGUUCAUAUGGCCUGGUCCGGCACUCAGACGACACACAUGAUAAAGAUACCUUAGUCGGUCAUUUUCGGCUAAUUCCAGUCAUCAAUAGGGAGCGGGCGCUGUACGCAGAGAGCCUGUGUGUAGAUAAGCUGCAAAGGGGGCGGGGCCAGAGCGCCAUGCUCAUUCCGCUUAUGGAGGAGUUUUUCGUAAAAAUGGGAUAUGCCGAGUUGUAUUUGCUUACUUCUUCCCAUCAAAAAGAUCACUACCUUCGCAAUUCGUUUACCAUCUGCGAUGAUUUGCCGCACACUUUAGGAGCCAACCUGCUUCGAACCGGUACAGCUUUGGGAAACCACGAAUAUAUUCACAGUUGGCAUGGCAACGUCCUGUAUCCAGGGUGGGAGUCAGAGUACGAGGGCGGCGCCAUAGCAACACAGAAAGAAACAGCGGACCACGAGUGUAUCGGUGUGUGGGUUGUAUGUUAUCUACAUAGGCGAUUGGCGAAACUUUGAAAAGAGGCUUAUUUCAGGAGUUUAAAUGCCCUACCCUACACACACCUACACCCACCUACACCAUACAUCAUUAGAAAGCUUAAUAUCUCUACUUUCAAAUAAGGCAUGAUGUGGAGCUUGGAAAUUGGGAGAAAUGUGGUUUUGGGUGCCAUUUUGGCCCAAAAUUCACAAGUUUUAGACCAAAUUGAUGUUCUAUAAAUUCAAAAUUACCAUAUUAAAAUUACCAAAUGUACAGUAACUAUAGGCGAUAUGGAGUGCAAAGGUGCAUUUUUUCUCAAAAUCGUGUUUCUAAGAGCAAUAAUUGUUGCACCAUCCAGACUCAAACCGGUCUUAAACAGAGUGUUAUAAUACCUCCCAAACACACAUUUAUUCCCUUAGUAAUGUGAGUAAAUAUAUAGAAUAGUGCUUGUCUGUUCUGUAAUAAUUGAAGACGCGUUUGUAUACUACGUGUUUGUAUACGACUGGUCUUCUAGGAAUGAGACAAUGAUUGUCCCAGUAACGAGAAAUGAAAAGCAAUUGAAAUAUAGUUGAGUCGAAAUCUCUCAAUAAUGAAGUACCCAGCUAAGUCAUUAAUGUUUUAAUAACGUGGUAUCAUCAUCAUCAUCAUCAUCAUCCUUCGGCUGCGGUGCAGUCGACUACAAGCUUCUUCCAUUUACUGCGAUCAUGGGCAAGUGUUGCGAUUUGGUCGUGGU